AUGUUCGCCGUGCAGCAGAAACAUGAGAGUCUCUCGCACCUGGUCUUUGAUGCCCUGGAGAACAUCUGCCCCGAACAGUUUCGAGAGGUUUGCCGCAGCAUCCAGUCCUUUCACGAGGAUCUGGACAAAGAUGGCAAUGACUGUCUCCAUGCAGCUUUCGGAAUGCAAGGCGUUCUUUGCCGCGUUCCUGAGUACGUCGACUCAAUCGCUCAGGUCAGCAACAGCUUCAUGUGGGCCAGGGCCGUCAUUGAGGAGACCGCAGCGGAUGUGGCGGCUGCAGCCUCCUGGGACGCUUUGAUCGAAAGCUUCGGGAGGCAGUUCCGAAUGCUUUCCGCGAUAGCAGAGAAGCCUUCCAGCCACUGGUCCAGCAGGAAUCAAGACCGGGCCUUGCUAAAUGGUCUGCAGCCGCUUCCACCUGCUGCUAGUAAGGUGCCUUCAGGGGAGGGGGACAGACUACGGCCUGAACCUGAGUCCUUGACCUCCUUUGGGACAUCGUGGAGUUGCAAACGAGGGAACCCCAGGCAACAGCCGAAGAGUCAGGGGGCGGCUGCAGAGUUGCUGGACGGUGCAGCGAGUCCUGCUGCCAAAGUCGCUUUCGCAGGAUCUACGCUUCAAGCACUAGGCCUUUUGGCUUGCAAGGAUGGGCCGGCGGAGGAUAAGUUGUCGAGAUCCGUUGAGUCUGCACGCGUUGCUUACACUGAGCUUUGGGAGGACAUCCCAAACGUAGAAUCUGCUGCCUCCUCCAUGAAAGAGGUGCUGCAAUCUGGUGACUGCAGCUGCUGGAGCCGAGCAAGUUCCAGCUUCCAGAGAUUGUCGGAUGCAUGCAGCUAUGCUGCAUGCGAGACAGCCUUGCUGGUGGUUAAAUGUUCUUCAGGCACCGAGUCGUGGCAGAGGCCGACGAAAAACUUGGAGGCUCUCAGCGCAGCGGUCGCAGCCUUCACUGCGGUGCAGACUUUGGCUUCGGAAGUAUCGGGAUCGGGUUUUGACCCGCCGCCUCGGAAUUGCCCUUGGGCCCCUUUCGUCGCGGGUUCCUUCGGGCAGCCUUCAUUGGGCUCCGUGUUGAGCUGCCUGCUGAUCCUGAUCCCCAUCGCAGUGUGGAGUGCUCAAGCACUUCCCAAAUCUGGCGCCAAGAAAGCGAAGGCCGCCCACCAGGAGGACCUCCACGCAUGCAGAAUAGCACUGAAGGAUCUCUUGCAAGGCCUUGUCCGUGCUAUAGAAAUGCAGUCCGAGACCGCCGCAUCUGCAGCCAAGAAGGAAGCAAGCGAGUUGCUUCCGCAGCGUAAAUCGGCUUUGGCGGCCAGCCUGACAGGGAACGCCGCCGAGCAGUUCGAAGCGCUUCGAACUGAGACAGAGAAAGAAAUCUUGGACACGCAGAGAAAGCAACUGAAAGGCUUGGGAGACAUAUUGGCACAACGCUCCAUGCUCCUGAAAUCUCGCGGCGCUUUCAAGCCAUGA